AAAUUCAGACUUCUACACGACAAGUGCUUCAACAACAUCCACCACUAUGUCAACAGCGACUGCAUCUCCUACAUUAACAAUUUCUACAACAACCACAGCAUUGCCAAAAAUUCAGACUUCUACAACGACAAGUGCUUCAACAACAUCCACCACUAUGUCAACAGCGACUGCAUCUCCUACAUUAACAAUUUCUACAACAACCACAGCAUUGCCAAAAAUUCAGACUUCUACAACGACAAGUGCUUCAACAACAUCCACCACUAUGUCAACAGCGACUGCAUCUCCUACAUUAACAAUUUCUACAACAACCACAGCAUUGCCAA